UAAAAAUUUGCUAAAUUUGAUACUUGAGAUAGCACACAAUUUCUAAUACCGAGUUUACAUACGUUUAUGCCGUAUGGCUGAUUCCAAUGAACUUCGAGCGUUAGAGAGUCGUCAAGAGUUUUUCAUUAGUGAGCUUGAGGAUCACAUGAAUAUGUGCAUUGAAUUGACACCUUAUUUUAUUCAAUUUAAGGAAAAAGAUAAGGUCAAACAACUCAGAAAUUAUAUUGUUCAGGACAUCAAGCAUGAACAUGUUCUCAAGACCAAUAUUGGUGCCAUCGAUUUUCUUUUAAAGAAUAAUAUGUUAGAUGACCCAGACCGCCUAGUAAAUAACUUUGAGAAAUUUAUUUCGGAACAGCCAAAACAACGCAUUUCUGAACAUGAAGCGUAUAAGGAAUUCAACAGUAUUGUCUUAUCUGAAAAUGGUCCUGAUGAGUCCAUGAUGAUAGAAGAUGGUGAGGACGGCAUUUGCAUGCUUUCUGCCACUGAUAACUUGAUUUGCCCGUUGUCACGCCAACAACUUCGAAUACCUAUGAAAAAUCAAGAAUGCGGCCAUGUUUAUUCUCGAGAUUCAAUUGAGGAGUAUCUAAGAAAAAAUGGUAAACAGUGCCCUGUCGCAGGUUGUAAUGCUCGCAUUUCAAGCAGAACCUUAUGUUUUGAUGAAUUUACAGCAAAGAAGCUAACAAAAAAAAGGAAAAAAGAGCAAAUAGAUGAAAAUGUUAAGGAUAUAUAA